AACAGUAACUCAUCCCAACUUCUGCAAACUGUAACACAAAAAUUGCAAGAAAUCACACAAAAAAUACUCAAAACUAAAUUUUCUCCGGUGACAUAGAAACAAUGGCAGCUAUGUCAAUCACUAAGAACGCUAUUUUCAACCUCUCAAAAGCCCUUCCUAGAACCUCUUCUCUUUUGCUUCUCCGCAACGUCUCCUUCUUCAACCCCUCGAAGACUAUUCCUCAAACACCAUCUCUUGUUAUUCGUCACAAAGUCUCCCAUGUUUGCUUCUCCUCUUCACCUAAUCACUCUGAGGACUUCAAAAAAAGAAAUGACUUAAAUAGAGGUGUUAACGAAGAUCUAGAGAGAUCUCCUAUGAGGGAGAUGGCUGAUAAAACGAAGGAUGAUAUGAAAGAGUCCAUGGACGAAACUAAGCGGGCAGCCAAAGACAUGAAGGAUAAAGCAAAACACGGUGCAGAAAGCAUGAAGGACAAGACAAGUGACAUGGCCGGAAGGGCAGCAGAUAAGGCAAAAGAAGGAAAAGAUAAGGCAGCUGAAAUGGCACACGACACUAAAGAGAGAGCAAAAGAGAGCGCACAUGACAAGAAGGAAAAGACUAAAGACACCGCAGGGUCCAUGGCUGACAAGACGAAAGAAUACACGCACGAUACGAAAGAGGCUACGAAAGAAGGGGCGAGCAAAGUUGCGGAGACAGCACAGGCGAUAGCUGAUAAAGCUAAGCAGGCAAUGCAGGAUGCUGUGGGAGCGGCUAAGGAGACGACACAGAAGAUUAAAGAAACGGUUGUUGGUUCGGCGGAUGAUGAUAAGAAGUCUGUUGAUGAUUACAUUGAAGAUCAUACGGGUAAGAGUAAGGAAGAUACGAGAGAGAAAACUAUGGAUGAAGAUGUGGUGGAGCAGAGAAGGCGUGCAGGGGGGUCUGGUGAUCACAAGAAACCUUAGGACGAGAAGUGGAAGUCUAAUUUGGAAUAAUUUAGUGAAGGCUUUUUGCUAAUAUGUUUGAUAUUUAUAUGCUGUUAUGCAUAUUGUAUACACGGACAUUUUCUAAUGGUUGUUUUUGAAUUCCACUUGGUGGAUUUAGUCGCCUUAA